AUGGAACAUGCACUCGCAUGGGAUCUUGAUAAAGAAGUAGUGCUUGUACAGCUUCAUCACUUGAUACUUGCACUACGAUCAGGCCUCAAAUUUAGAUCCAAGGGUCGCUAUGAGAGUAUUCACAAAGCUCACGACCACCCACUUCUAUGUAGUGCAAUGAAAUUACGUAAGCAGCUCUUAUCGUGUACACAAACGGGUUGUUCUGACUGGGCACCAGUAGAUCAUCACCUCGGCAUACGCAAUGCAAUUUAUGGCGAUCCGAAGAAUGUUGAAGUUGCGGGCAAUGACAGCCUUCACCUACCCCAAACUGAAGCCAUUGAGCUUUUUUCGACGGUACCAACAUCGGUUUCCCGAUCAUCCUUGUCUCAGAUUCAAAAAUUGUCGGAGUCUGAAAUACUAUCUCCUUUUUGUGAAGUCUGCCGCUGUCCUGAUAUCGGUGAGCCCAUCAUUAUUGUUGCCCUUUCCGCUAUUGAUACCAUAUUGGAUUUCUGUCAUUCUAUGAUCAGUGUAAAAGGGGUGAAACUGGCGAUUGAGACAGCCCUUAGUCUGCGGAGUGUGGUUUCGGAUCCCGACACCCAUGAGGUCCUCCUCGCGCGCACGCUGCAGCUGUGCAUCACUGGCAUACGCCUUGAGGCCGCGAUCGAGCUGCCCGAGGAUGUCUACAUCCAGGUGGUCCGCCGAGGCUUAGUGAUUUCUCUCCGACCGGAGGCCACGCCUUUGUUAAAGCGUGUUGCGGAGGGUUGCAUGACGUUUUUGGUGACCUGCCUCUACAGCCGCGUAGUUCACCGUCAGGGCGCCGGUAACCUGGACCCCUUGGGGUCCCCCACUCCACCCCAUCCGAGCCUUGCUCAAGGGCUCACCACAAGCGGAGGGGAGCCCUCUUCGUUGAAGUCCAAAUCCCUUUCGAUCCACAAUAGCAGCGAUACAUCUACCUUAUCCACCCCCACAUCACUCGACGGAGCCUCGAUGAUGCGUUACAUCAGCUCUAUUAUUAGCACUGAUGUGACCACGCUGGAUGCAGAGGGCAAUAUCCUAUCCGAUGAGGAUAGUUCGCAAAGGUCAGAGAGCACUAGAUUUUCCGUUGUGGCGGAUCGGAAUAGUCCCACAAUUCAGCUAGAGGGUCUUUCGUUGGCACAAGCAGCUCUCUUGACCAUUCAAGACCACUUGUCGGAUUCCUGUUCUGUGGCACUUUUAUCAGUUGUACAGAAUAAUAUCAGCCGGGCUCUGCUGGUUACAGCCAUGAGGACACCUCAUUUUGUUGUAUUAGCUCUGGUGCUGCGCCUUAUUUAUAUUUUAGUUAAAAACGCUUCACAUUGUUUGGUGCCACAGAUAUUUAAUUUUUUGCGUUUUAUAUAUCUUAACCCAAUUAUCACAUCGACGCGGAGGAUAAAUCGAAUCAAUAGUUCUCAAACUACCAACAUUCGUUCGUAUCUCACUAGUUCCACCCGCAGUACCGCUACGUUACUGCCCCUGAAUUCCAAGGGUCAUCAGUCUUUUUCGACCGAUGGUUUAUUUGAUGACAUUCCGUAUUCGCAGUCUAAUGGUGCGCUUGAGUGCCGUGAAAUUUUUUUAGAGAGUCUUGCCGAGUUGUGCAGCAAUCCGUUUUUUUGCAACUUCUGUUUUCUUCAUUACGACCUAUCGUGGCGAUGUCACUCUCUGCUCCCACAGUUGUGCAAUGUGCUCGUUGAAAGUGCCUGCCCAGGCAUCUUAGGCACUAAUGACAACGCGUUUUCGUCAUUCACGUCCGAUGACUGUGGCGUGUCGGUUCAACAUACUCAGAAUAAUCAGAAGACAGAUGUAAACGAUGGUGAUGCAGAAGACAGGAAAUCCGUUAUACUUCCUAUUAGCCGAAUUGAGCUUGUUGCUCUUGAUGCCGCCAGAGAUAUGGUGUCAAAUUUUGCUUUGCGGCUGUCGAAAGGCCGUUACCCAAUCCCUCAGUCUACCCCGGACGACGGGUCUAAUACCGCCUAUGAGUGGAAAGUGAUAGUUGAGCAUAUGUAUACGCAAAAGGAUCUUUUGCUUAAAUUUGCAGCCCUUAUUGAGGAUUCCCCUCUAAAAAAAGGCAUUCCAUUUUUAUUAGAAAAUAGCAUACGCGCCAAGGCUAUCGAUGGGAAACAGGCUUCCAAAAGCCAUAGCUCUUGGCUUAUGCUUGUGGAGCCAGCUGGAGGAUAUGAAAUCGGUCAAUGUUUAUAUCGCCUAAGCCAUUUACUAAAUAAGAGGGUCCUGGGCAACUAUAUUGGCGAACUUGGCACUGAAAGGCUACCAAAACCACCGGAAGAUGAGGUUGUGAUGCUUUCCGAUGGAACAGUCACCACUGCGGUAGAGGUCUGGGAGAAGAACCGUUCUGAAGAUCACCUUUUCCCAGGUACUGUGCGCUUUUUCCAACAGCAACUUGAGGGGUUUGUUGGUGAGUUUGUCUUUGUUAAUAAGCCUCUUCUAACAUCUAUACGUGAGCUGGUUUACCAUCUCUGUCUCCCAGGCGAGUCCCAGAAGAUUGACCGCGUCAUAGAGGUCUUUUCCAAACAGUGGUAUUUACACAAUAAAAAUUCCGAAAAACUCAUUAACCCCUUUAGUAGCGAAUCUGGAGCUUUUGUGCUUUCCUUUGCUAUCAUCAUGCUCAACACGGAUUUGCACUCCGGAAAAAUGCAAAAAUGUAUGACUCAAAACGACUUUAAAAACAUAAAUCGCUCUAUCGACAAUGGUGACAGUCUUCCUGAUGAAUAUCUAUUCAACAUUUAUAAUGAUGUGAAGCGGGACGAGUUGGUCAUGGCGGAAAUGGUAAACCGUGGCUUUGCCAACAACGUGACGUGGGAUCUCGAGAUUAGCCGCUUUAGCUCUGAAGGCGAAGAUAACUUUGCACUUUCCUACUUCAGCAAUCUAUUUAGACUGUCCGGGAGCCAAGGAAUCAACCCAUGCUCCAUGACCACCUCAUCAGCUCUACCCAUGGGUUAUUCUUUGUAUUCUGAAAGAAUGCUUUCAGAAUUGGACCCAUAUGUUUUCAAUGUAAUACAAAAUCGCUGUUUUCAGAUCUUCAAACACCUGCUAGGAAACCUAUGUACACAGGUAAUGCGGCUGAAUCCUCGUGGCUCCACGCUUAAAGAUGCCUUAGAUGACGCUCACGCCAUUCUCCCGCAGGAAACAUCGGCUUUAUUCUCGAGUAUCCAGGGUAUCCGAAUGUUGGCUCUAUCGGCGACCGCACUGGGGCAGCAUGAGGUUUCCGAUGAAUGUGUUAUGACUCUAACGUCUUAUGUUCACGUGAGUUUUUCUGAAGGGAUGGACGCGGUGGACGAUUUGCAUCGAAACCUACCUAAACUUUUGCUUAUUAAGGAGAUUCUUUCUCUCCUUCAAUCGACUGCGCUAAGCUUGAGGAACAGCUGGUCGGUAAUAGGCGAUUUGUUGCUGAAUUUGUACUUGCUAGGCAUGCUUGCGGUACAAAUCCGUCCGAAUGGCGAUGUAGCUAGCUUUUCUCGAGACGAAAUAACAUACGCAUCGUUCCUUUGCUUAAAUGAGACAGUCUUUAGACCCCCAGACCUUGCGACGUUGUAUAGUAUAGAUUAUAUACAAAAUCCGGCGCAGACGAAAAAGAUCGUUGGAUGGCUUUCUGCAUUCUGGGGCAGCGCAUUUAAUUACAAAGAAAAUGACGGCCGGCAACGGGAGGACACCAAUUCUGGUUCGAUACUUGGCACGCAGCUUGAGACUCGCGUGCGGGAGUGUAUCCCAGACAUGCAGGAGAUUCUGUGUAUGAUGGGCAGUCUCUCACUCACCGCCCGUGCGGAGCUGCUGAGGGCUUUUAUGAACGCUGACUGCAGUUCCACCUUCUCCGUGCAUUCUCACAGUGUGAAGCCAAACUCCCUGGCAUUCAGCUGCCACAAACUCAGCUUCGUAACGGCGUGUGUCGCUGCUACGACGUUGUAUCUGGAUGAACAAGAGGUGUUUCAUUCAUAUCUAAAUUACUUACAGGACACUUUCAGCACUCAGUUCAAGGCGUAUGUGAGUUGUGACCUAAGGAAUUCGCACACGAAUGAUGAAAACGCCUUCACUGGCCAACUCUCGAAUGGAAUGAAGACGAAUGUGACUACCCUGUGGAUCGGUUCGAAGCUUAUAUCCAAAACCAUUGCGACGGUUUUGGAUAUUUUGAAGUCGUUGUUCAUUCCAAAACAUGAUUUUGAGACCUCCGCAACUAUUAUGCAUAAUAUUUUAAAGGUUCUCUUAUCGGUACCGAAACCAGCCUUCAACGACUUUGUAGUACUUCCACUAGUCAAUUUUUUGUCAUCCUGGAUCAUGAGCGUUGGGGCUGUUAGAGAAAAAGCUAUUAUGGAUCAAGAAGAUGGGCGAACUAAUUCCUUUGUUUUUUUCUCCUUCCAAUUCUCACAGGCUUUUCCUGUGGUUCAGUUUUUGGUUGACAGUGUUACAAAACUGGACAUUCUCACCCUUGAUCCAACUGUGCUCCCCAAAAUUGAAACCAUUUUGUUAUACCUUGUAAAAAAUGCGAUGUACAAUCUAGAAUCUGAGAUGAGUUUGCUCCUCAAGCUGGUGCUAAGUCUCGAAAUUUUGCAUAAGAAGCAAAAACAAGGACAUAAAUCACAAGGUUUGAGUUCUGUCGAUCUUCCUUUUUCCCACGGGGGUGAGAAGAACUUGACAGAACUUCAGCAGUCCGCUUCACAAUCCGCUUCCUCAGAGGAGAUCAUUUUUGCUGAGAUCCUGGGCUAUUGCAGCAGCAAUAUUGUUCGUCUGCGUAAAGGGUUAACCUCUUUUUGCCCUAAUACACACCACCUAGCAAAAGCAGGGCUUCGAGAGACUAUUGCGGAUAGUAUAACUCCACUUCAGACAGAUAUCAACUGGAAACAGUUAUGGAUUCUUUCACUUCAGAGUCUGUCAAGUCUCAUAUUAUCUUCCUCACAGGGUUCACGAGCCAGGGGGGGCGCUAUGCUCGCACUUCGACACGCGGUGUUGGAUAUGGAACCGGGUACAUUGGAUGCUGCCGCUAUUGAAUCUGCUUAUAACAUGGUUUUAUUUCCUCUGACUGAAACGAUAUGCGCUACUCCAUCCACUUUAGCUCCUACCACUGCCUUUCCUCCUCAAUUGUGUACCUCAGACCCUUUGCACGUGUCAGGGAUGCUGAAUUCAUCUGACACCUGGGUAGCCUCACUGCAACAGUUAGUCUUGCCACCAUUAUCAAUCGAAGUAAAACCCGCUUCGGCAGAAGAUAAAAGUUGUAUUAUUAAUAUCCUUUCCAAAGUAUUUCUACACCACAUGUCGAUUCUGGAGAAUUCGCCGGAGAUGUUACGGACGCUAUGGCAGUCUAUUCUGAGUACUUUUUAUAUCGUGUACACUACUCCACUUGCUCAAGGCAAUACGCUGAACGAGCGUGAUGAUGUGGGACUGUCAAGAAUUAAAGGUGCGAACACUGAGUACUUUAUGGAAGAGGCUUCUCUAUUACGAAUGGCUCUAGAGGAAACAGUAAAGAAUAUGGUUUACGUUGUAGCUUCUUCAAAGGGCAAUGUGCACUCAUCGACACUUUCUGCGCAAGAAUCUUCGUUUCCAACUUUUACCCGACAUCUUAUUUCGCCUUUUCCCUUCUCGAAGCCGCUUCUUGAGUUUUUGGAUAGUAUAGAAGUACCUGUUCAAAUUGAAAUAUAA